GUGUCAGUGUUCGUAUCUCAGUGCUGAGUUCUGGCUUGAACUUCCUAACCGUCACAUUCCAGCGUGGGAAGACCACAGGUACGAGGGUGGUGAAGUGAGAAGUAAAGUCAGAAAGGAUGAAAAAGAGAGACGAAUGUGAGCAAAGGAGGAGAAAGCUGUGAUAGGGAAGGAAAACAAAAACCCACCAUGGAGGUUCAACACUACUGGCUACUGCUGUCAUUGGUCAGCUGCCAUGAACGGAUUACAGGUAAGGCUGUGAGUGACAUCAGUCCAUAUAUAAAGCAUUAUGAGGGCUUGUCAUACAACAGGGAGGAUCUUCACAGGAAGCACCUGCGAGCCAGGAGAGCCACACAACCUCAGGAAUACACACUGCAGCUGGACUUCACCGCAUUCCGCAGAACUUUCCGGCUGCAAUUGCAACGCAAUGCAGCAGCAUUUUCCAAAAAUUUCAAGGUGGUCAGUGAAAAUGGUUCAACAUCAGCUGACCUCUCCCACAUAUAUUCAGGAACACUAGAAGGUGAACAUGGUUCAGCCUGCCAUGGCUCUGUGUUACAGGGUCAGUUUGAGGGAACCGUCCAUACACACAACGGGACUUAUCACAUAGAGCCAGUACAUAGAUACACCAGCAGACAAACAGAUCACCACUCUAUCAUCUACCAUGAGGAUGACAUGGUCCUACCGUCUAUGAGAACUGGCCCUGAUGGAUUCUGUGGUGCAGAACAUCUAAACCUCCUCACUCAAAGCCUCAGAACCAAGGAGGAGGCACUAGCAAGCCGGUUGAGGAGAACAGUGGACGAGUCAAAGACCAGCUGCCUGCUCCACCUCCAUGCUGACCACCUCUACUACAAGAGGUUCAAGUCUGUUGAAGCUGUUGUGGCUCAGGUUGCCUCCUACAUACGAGCUGUGAAUGACAUCUACGACAAUGUGGACUUUGAUGGCAUCAAGUUGAUCAACUUUGAAGUGAAAUCUCUCAGAGUGAUGACGGAGGAGGAUAAAAACGAUCCUCUGUAUCCUCUGUACAUUGGGCCUGAGAAACUGUUGAGUCUGUACUCCGAGAACAACUGGGGCAACUUCUGUCUGUCCUAUCUGCUCACCAACAGAGACUACAGCGGAGUGCUGGGGCUUGCCUGGGAGGGCAAGGCUGGUAACUGGGGAGGAGUAUGUUCCCAGCAGACCACCCUGCGUAACGGCCGGACCUCCACCCUGAACACGGGUUUGGUCACAAUUCAGAACUACGGACAGUUCCUGCCUCCUCGACACGUCCAGCUGACCCUCGCUCAUGAACUCGGCCACAGCCUGGGAUCUCCGCACGAUGAGGGCUCAAACUGCGGGAACCUCGGCUCCACCGGCGGUAAAGGCAGGUACCUGAUGUUCCCUCACGCCACAGACGAGGUGCGUGAAAACAACGAUAAGUUCUCGCCCUGCAGCAUCGAACACAUCAGCAAGAUCCUGAAGCUGAAGAAGGAUGACUGCUUUGUGGUCAGUGAUCAGCCCAUCUGUGGAAAUCAGAUUGUGGAGGGAGAUGAGGAGUGUGAUGUCGGUCACAAAGACACAGACCUCUGCUGCUUCAGCGCUAAAGAGCCUGUAGGAGUCCAGUGUCGCCUCAAGCCUGGUAAAGUUUGCAGUCCAAGUCAGGGCCUGUGCUGCGGUCGGGACUGUGGGUUUAAGCCAGCGGGUCAGAUCUGUGAUGAGGAGACAGACUGUAAGACAGAAAGUGUGUGUUCAGGCCUCUCCCCGCUCUGCCCUGAGCCAAGCGCCAAGGAAAACCUCACAGUCUGCAGUCAGGGCACACAUGUCUGCCUGAAUGGGGUCUGUGCUGAGUCUGUGUGUGUGAAGCACAGCCUGCAGCAGUGUGACUGUCCAGGAGACUCCAUGAAGGAGAAAUGCCACAUGUGCUGCCAGCAGCCCGAUAAGCCUGAGACGUGUGCCAGCACCACCUCCUCCGUGCUCUCCCAUCACUUCCAGAGAAAGGCAUUGCCCUUGGUCGGCGGGGCUCCGUGCUCAGGGAACCGGGGAUACUGCGACAAAUUCCAUGUGUGUCGUCUGCUGGAUGCAGACGGCCCCAUCGCAAGACUGAAAAACUCCUUUCUCAAUUUGGAUGAUUUCGAUGACAUAGCAGAGUGGAUGAAGGCUCACUGGUGGGCCAUAUUGCUGGCUAUCCUGACUCUGUCUGGAGUGAUGGGCUGCACCGUCUGCUUCUGCAGCCACAACCUGGACACCAGUGACUCGGAGUGACCUCUGACUUUUGAUCUCUGUCACUUCUGGGAAUACAAGUAUGAUCAUGAUGAUGCACAAAUUCAUUAGGAGACAAUUUGUAACUGUCAAUGUGACAUUGACGAGAUUCUUUUAGUCAACUUUGUUCCACAUCUCAAACAAUGUGUGAUCCACAGUUGACCUGUGAAGACACCUACUCAACACCUCUGCACUGUUUUGUUAACUGAUACCUUUGAACGUCAUUAUGCACCUGCCAUUUCUUGUCCUUGCGUGACUUGUCUGUUCACAUUUCAACAAGCGGUGAAGGUCUCCUGUAAUGCAUGUGUUGUGGACAACGUCACUGUUUCUGCAAACUGUAGGUCAGUCUGAGGGGGUUGCUCUUAGAGGCCACAUAGCAUCGAGCACCUACAGUGAUUUAAAGCCAUCUGUCCCUGCAAACUGACUGAUGAGACUCUACCUUAUUUUGCUGUGCAGUGUCCUUGCUGUUGUAUUUGAACUUGAGCGCUAUAAUUUCGUCCUUAAUCACCAUCCAGCUUUCCAUCACAGUGAGACUUAAUCAAGUGGAAAAAGAUGCUGAUGUUUAAGUUAAUAAAGUGACAGUAAAAUGUU